AUGGUAUUAGCUGAUUUGGGAAGGAAAAUUCGUCAUGCAAUCAGUAAACUUGGACAAGCUACUGUUAUCAAUGAAGAUGAACUCAAUGCUAUGCUUAAAGAAGUUUGUGCAGCAUUGCUGGAAGCUGAUGUCAAUAUACGGCUUGUCAAGCAGUUGAAGGACAAUGUAAAAAAAACCCUGGAUUUUGAUGAAAUGGCAGGUGGUAUCAAUAAAAGACGAUUAAUCCAGCGUUGUGUAUUUACGGAACUUAUGAAAUUAGUAGAUCCAGGAAUAAAACCAUUCCAGCCUACCAAGGGAAAGCCAAAUAUUUAUAUGUUUGUUGGCUUACAGGGUUCUGGUAAAACAACAACAUGUACUAAGUUGGCUUAUUAUUAUCAAAGAAAAGGUUGGAAAACAUGCUUAAUUUGUGCUGAUACAUUCCGUGCUGGUGCAUUUGAUCAGUUGAAGCAGAAUGCUACUAAAGCAAGAAUACCGUUUUAUGGAAGUUAUACAGAAAUGGAUCCGGUCACUAUAGCUGCCAAUGGUGUAGAUAAGUUUAAAGAAGAUGGUUUUGAAAUUAUAAUUGUUGAUACUUCUGGCAGGCAUAAACAAGAAGCGUCUCUUUUUGAAGAAAUGUUGCAAGUAUCAAAUGCAGUGAAUCCCAGCAAUAUAGUUUUCGUUAUGGAUGCUUCAAUUGGACAGGCUUGUGAAGCUCAAGCUCGUGCUUUCAGUGAAACUGUUGAUGUUGGCUCAGUAAUCAUCACAAAAUUGGACAGUCAUGCUAAAGGAGGUGGAGCUUUAUCAGCCGUAGCUGCGACACAUUCUCCUGUGAUAUUCAUUGGUACUGGUGAGCAUAUUGAUGACUUUGAAUCAUUUGAAGUAAAACCGUUUGUGCAGAAACUACUUGGCAUGGGAGAUAUUGAAGGUUUAGUGAAGAAAGUCAAUGAAAUUGGUAUCGAAGAUAACGAAGAACUAAUCAAGAGACUAAAGCAUGGUAUGUUCACACUUCGGGAUAUGUACGAGCAAUUUCAAAAUAUCAUGAAAAUGGGCCCGUUCAAUCAGAUAAUGAGCAUGAUUCCUGGAUUUGGACCAGAUUUUAUGUCAAAGGGUAACGAACAGGAGUCGCAGUCGAGGCUGAAAAGACUGAUGACCAUAAUGGACAGCAUGUCUGAUGCAGAACUGGAUCAUCCGAAAGCGAACGAUCUGUUUUCGAAAGAACCUGGUCGGAUUCAGCGUGUUGCUCGAGGGAGUGGAACAGCAGCAAGCGAAGUGAAGGAAUUGCUUACGCAGUAUAAAAAGUUUGCUGAUAUGGUUAAAAAAAUGGGUAGUAUGAAAGGCCUUUUCAAGAACGGUGACAUGAACACUAAGAAUAUUAAUCCAUCUCAACUUCAAAAGCUUAAUCAGCAAAUGGCGAAAAUGAUGGAUCCACGAGUGCUGCAGCAAAUGGGGGGUAUGGGUGGUUUACAAAACAUGAUGAAACAGUUACAAGGUGCUUCAUCAGCCUUAAGCGGUCGUCGAAAUAAUUAG